AUGAAGUCUUUCUCCGUUGCUAUGGCCAUGCUGGCUGCUGCUGGUAUGGUCUCUGCCGCCAGUGUUUCUAGCUCGGACUGCGCUCAAAUGUGUGUCUCCAACAUGAACGCCAAGGCUUCUGAGCUUGGCUGCACCUCCGGUGACAUGGCCUGUCUGUGCAAGUCUUCCGACUACUCUUACGGUAUUCGCGACUGCACCCAGGAGGCUUGCCCCGAUGACAACGCCGAGACUGUCCUCUCCAUGGCUUUGGAGAGCUGCCCUAGCUCCUCUUCCUCCUCUGCCUCUUCCACUGGCUCCGCCUCGGAAUCCGGAUCUAAGACCUCCACCGGCUCUGUUACCAAGACUACUGCUUCCACCACCAUCACCACCUCCGUCUCUGGCACCCUCACCACUGAGACCAAGCCAAUCACCGAGACUGUCUCUUCCACUACAAUCACUACCUCUGUCUCUGGUACUCUCACCACCGAGACUAAGCCUAUCACCGAGACCACUGCUUCCACCACCAUUACCACCUCCGUCUCCGGUACCCUGACCACCGAGACCAAGCCCAUCACCGGCACCGAGUCCACUCUGAUCACCACCACCAGCACUGGCUCCACCACCAUCACCACCUCUGUCUCUGGCACUCUUACCACUGAGACUAGUGCCUUCACCACCAGCACUGAGACCUCCACCUCUGACUCUGGAUCUGCCCCGUCUACCAGCACUGGCGCUGCUCACCCCAUGGCCACUGUCGGCACUGGUGCUUUCGGUGUUCUUGGCCUGGCUGCCAUGAUGGUUCUGUAA